AUGAGGAAGUUGUGUCCGAAUAUAGACAAAGACGAUGGUUUGGAGACGGUUUUGGAAGUUCCGAUACCGGAGGAGAUGUUUUCCGGUAUGGGCAAUAACGCUGCAUUGAGAUGUCAAAACAUGUUGACGUGGAUGAAAGCUCAAACGUCAGAUAAAUGGUCGCAACCGUUGAUCGCUGCUCGUAUCAACGAGCUUCGUUUUCUUCUCUAUCUCGUUGGAGCACCUCUUAUACCUCUUCAAGUUCAAGUUGGUCACUCUGUUCAUAAGCCUGUCAAAGAUUCUUCCAUUCAAGCUUCUACGGCGAAAUAUAUAGUGCAACAGUACAUAGCAGCUACGGGUGGACCAGCUGCGUUAAAUGCUGUGAACAGUAUGUGUGUCACCGGACAAGUAAAGAUGACAGCGUCGGAGUUUCAUCAAGGAGAUGAAACUGUCGGUAACCUUAAGAGCAGUGACGAGAUGGGUGGUUUUGUGUUGUGGCAGAAAGAUCCAGAUCUGUGGUGUUUGGAGCUCGUUGUCUCUGGUUGUAAAGUCAUAUGUGGAAGUAACGGUCGGCUUUCGUGGCGGCAUUCUUCUAACCAACAAACACCGGCGUCUACCGGUACGCCGAGACCUCUCCGUCGGUUUUUACAGGGUUUAGAUCCACGAUCAACUGCAAAUCUUUUCCUCGACGCGACAUGCAUCGGAGAGAAAAUUAUCAACGGCGAGGAUUGUUUUAUAUUAAAACUGGAGACAAGUCCAGCGGUUAGAGAUGCUCAAAGCGGUUCCAACUUUGAGAUCAUUCAUCACACAAUAUGGGGUUACUUUAGCCAAAGAUCGGGACUAUUGAUUCAGUUCGAAGACUCACGACUUCUGAGUAUGCGGACCAAGGAAGGCGACGUUUUCUGGGAGACUAGCGCUGAAUCAGUGAUGGAUGAUUACCGGUACGUUGAUGAUGUGAAUAUUGCUCAUGGUGGAAUAACAUCGGUUACGGUCUUCCGGUACGGUGAAGCAUCAGCGAAUCAUCGGAGACAAAUGACGGAGAAGUGGCGGAUAGAAGAAGUUGAUUUUAACGUAUGGGGUCUCUCUGUGGAUCAUUUUCGUCCUCCCGCCAAUUUGCAGAUCGGGAAAUAA